AUGAUGAUGGGCACUCCGCCACACCACCUUCUACCCGUCAACGUCAACAGGCCCCGGCCCUCGCCUGUAGACGAGCAGCACGAUGUACGCGCAACCGCAAUAACCACCAAGACAAAACCCAACAAGCUGUUCACCUUGACCUCGACUCCCGCCUAUUCCUACCCGUCUUUGCCCCCAAAGCCGGAUGACAAGCUCCGUGAUUCCGCACCUCGCAACACGCACCCGCACUCGCACCCGCACCCGCACCCGCACCCGCACCCGAGAGGCCCGGGGCUCCCCGACGCAUACUCUGCAUGCACCAGCAGGCGACCCUCCGUGGCUGAAACAACAACGUCGGCGCGCAAAAGCACCAGAAGCAGAAGCAGAAGCAGCAGCCGCAGUGCAACUGCAACCUCAACCGCAGCCGCAACCGUAGCCCGCUCGCGCCUGCCUGCGCGGCGCAUCUCGACCUCGGUUCCCCACGGCGCCGAAUCAGUCCCGCUCACGGUGCAAGAUGCCCUCGUGGGCUUGAUCGCCGCCUCGUGCCAGGCCCAAGUCGACGUCGACGGGCUGGACACCCAGCCGACGGGCAAGACCGCUCCCUUGCGGAGGGCCGGCUACCAGAUCAAGUCGUUGCGCAUCUCGCUCCAGCUGCUGCGCAAGGUCCUCCGCCGCCUGGACACGGGCCGGCUGCAGAAUCCCGAGAGGGCCAGCCUGGUGGAUGUGGACGUCCUCGUCGCGGUGCUGGCCGCCUCCGUCCUGACCCUCUCCGAGCUGGAGGCCCGGCUGGAGACGCUGGCGACGCGGGCGGACGAGCUGGGCCUCAGCCCCGAGGACGUGUGCCAGCGCUUCACGCGAGCCCUGGCCAGGGACGCAAACAGGCUGCGCCUCGUCGACUUCACCAUCACCAAGCUCCUCAGCGUGCUGCAAGUAAGUAACCCCCGAGAAGCACUCCGCCACAAGCUCCAAGCCGGCCUGGCCACGAUGGACAUGCUCCAGGCAGACAUGGCGCUGGCCCAGCGCAUGCAGCAGCUCCAGGACGCAGCCCAGGGCCUCGCCCUCGCGUCCCCCGACCGCCGCCGCGAGCUCGCCUGCCGCCCGCCCCCGGCAUAUAGCAAGCCUUCGCCGGGGAACGACGACGAACUGCCCGACUACCAAGCCGCCCUGGACGACGACUCGGCGGUGCCCAUCCAGCCCCGCGACUGGUCCGUCUACUCGGGCCUGACCCUGGCCGACAUUCCGGCCCUGUCCAGGAUCAACCUUCCGCUGAUACUGGGCGAGAUCCACGACGGAUACUUUUACACGGCCGAGUACGCCGACUCGGUCACCCCAGGCCUGGACGCCCUUGAUGAGACGCAAAGCUUGGCGCGACCGGAGGCUCUGGCCCGAGUCUUGCUCAUAACGGGUCCGACUUCCGACUCGCGCGGGACAGCGUCUGAGCAGGGCGCGGGUGGCCUGGCCCAUCGGCUUGCACGCAAGAUAGCCAAGAGGGGUCUGUUGAGUUAUUGUCGUUGA